AUGCAGCCAGAGCCCAUCAACGCAUCACAAAACGUUUCGUACCAGCAAACCUCUUUCGACACCGCCACCACCUCCCAGCAUGGACAGCGCCGCAGCCUUGACUUCCAGGUCUCUCUGCAGCCUCACUCGGGUGAGCUGCGGGGAGAGUCUGGGCCACAACCCCGCGGGUUCGCACGCGAUGCGACGCGUUCAGAGGCCGAUACUGCAGUCGGGACCGUGGAAACAGAUGGACUGAAGCGCGUCGCGUCUCCCUCGCCACCCCCGAGGGACAGGAUCACCGAAUACGAGAAUGCGCUGAAGUCUUCACCGCGAAAGCCUGCUGAUGGGCCCCUCUUCGAGAUCGUCAAGAGCAACAAGAAGCCCAGCGAUAAGAGCUCGCCUAUCGCGAACCUGCCUAAUGAGGUUCUGAUCCAUGCCAUCGCCCACCUGUCACCAAACGAUCUCGCCGCCGUAUCCCUAGUCUCUCGCCGCUUCCAUGAUGUAGUCACUACCCCACACGCCUGGCAGGUGGCAUUCGGUCGCUACUUCCCUGGCCCACACUCACUCGAAGAUGCCGCCUUUCGUUCAGCCCUUGAGGGCAGUGGCUCAGUCGUGCGAUCAGAGAAGAGACGCUUCACCAGGCUCACUGCGCUGGCAUCGUGGAGAAGCGAGUACAUUCUACGCACGAGACUAUUGCGGUCUUUGGUCAGGGGCAAGCCUGUACAGGUACCUGCGACACCGUCCCGCGCAUCUCAGAUGCAGACCAUCACCCCGAUGAUUACCUACGAUGCAAAAACGUAUACUAUCAUCAACCACUUGCAGGCCACGUUCGGAACCGGUUUGAACAAGAAGAUGCCGCGCUUUAUCCAUGGUGCAGACGAUAUCGGCAUGGUGACCAGCAGCGAUCCGAUGACUGGCAAAGUGGAUCCUUGGGGACAGAGCGACCCUCACUUCUAUGGCCAAUUCUCAGAACGCUUUCCGGGUACCGCAGAGUGGGGUCUGGGCUCAGGAGAGGUCGUCGGGCGGCCCAAUGUCAUGGACAUAUCGCAGCCAUACGGCAUGAUCUAUGGCCAGGGCUGUCCCGAGGGCUCGUGUUAUUACCGCUCCCUUGAGGAGAUGCGUGGUCGAUUUAUAGCUGAGCCCACCGACUUCGCUAUGCCUGAAGUCGGUAUACCAAAGCUGGGUAUCGACGGUGGUGCUAUCUGCAGCGUUUGGAUCGCCAAGUCAAACACGAUCCCGACCCUUUCGGAUGGCUUGAUAGGCAUGAUGAUGGGGUCUGCAGCUGGUGUAGUCAGUGCCUGUAGCAUCGGUACAGAUGGUCUUCGCUCAUCCCGUGUACAGCGUGGGGAGCUGACUGCGCGCUGGGUUCUCAGCCCAGGAGUGCCUAUCAUUGCCAUUGCCGUCGACGAACAAUACUCAACCAAGCGCUAUGCUCAGAACCGCAUUUGGGCGGUCGCUCUGAACGCACUUGGCGAGAUCUUCUAUCUCACCAAAUUUCCAACUCGCAGCCAGGCCACGAAAGGCGACAUUGAGCACUACUCGGAAUAUCUGGGUUGGCUCACUGGCCGCACCGUAUACUGGAACUUGGCGGAGCCCAGCCGACGUACUGCGAGGCCUGACCCGUACAGCGAUGCCGAUGUCGACGGUAGUUAUUCGCCGCGAACCUCAUGGGAUGGCAUGUGUUUGAGCAAGGAUCAGAUCAUCGCCGAAACAAGGGAGAUUCAAGAAUAUCUUCGCAAGCAGCCAAAACAUUUUCGAAAAGCGUGCCUUGGAUGGGAUAUGCGACGAACGCUCGAGGUUGACUUUGCUGGAGACGAUGGAAAUCAUGCUGGAGAAUCCGUAGUGGUCUUCGAAUGCGGGCUUGAAGAGGGAGACGUCGCCGAUGUCAAACGCUUCACUCGUUGUAAGAUUGACGAAAAGGACAAGAGUGCGAACAUCUCAAGUCGCAUUUUUACGCCUCAGCCUGCGCAAGCUACAUCUUUAUUCGGCGGCCCUGGCGCAGAUUCUACAAAGCCUCCUCGUGGUCGCAGCUCUUCAUACAUCUCGGGCACAAGUUCACCAGAACGAGCCGCUCUAUUCGAAGAAUGGAGGUGCUCAAAGUUGACUUUCGGUGGGUUCAAGAGCACUCAGGUCACUACAACUGCUUUGGACGUCUCUACCUUUGCCACUUUGACUUUGUUUGAGGAUCCUGCGCUUGGUUUCUCGACUGCCUCGACUGCAUCCUCGCCUUACUCUUCUCCGAUGUCUGUUGCAAGCCAGCCCGCCUCUCCCUCUGAUAUUCCUGGACAACGCGCAAGGUUCAUCGCUGCUGGUACCAAGUCUGGAGUGGUUCUGCUUUGGGAUGUCCGGGCACCUACGUCGCGCUCGUCGGAGUACACAAACGACAUUGAGCCAGUUCGUAUCAUCUAUACUGACUCGCCAGAGAUAUCCUGCGUGGCUGUCACCUCACUCUAUCUCGUAGCAGGUGGAAACGACGGUUUGGUACAGGCAUGGGAUCCACUGGCUUCGAGCAUGUCGCCCAUUACAACACUUCACUCUCGACAUGCGUCGCGUGCCCGUAGACAGCUUGUGCAGGCCCAGGCUUCCGUUCAAGGUGUCGGUAUCAACAUGUUUGCUGCUGGUGCCGUAUGUCUGGAUCCUGAUCCGACCGUCUUGCGUGGUGCAGUGUCUCUUGGCAAUCAGCUUCGAUUCUGGAGUUACAGCUCAUCUGCAGCCGAUCAGUAUAGAAGCAGUAAACGCAGGCUGCGAAGAGCCGAGCGUGGAAGUAACAAUACCACAGAGCGCUUCGCCGGUACAGGCAGAGUCAACCUGAAGAACUACAUUGCCAACGAACAGUUUGAGUUGGAGCGCGAUAGACAAGAGCGUCACAAGCAGGCCGAGCGUUUGGCAGGCCGUUUUGGCACAGAGUUACUAAGUGAGGAGGAAGCUCUAGCAUACGCUGCGAUGCUUUCACAAGAGGCUGCUGAGGCAGACGAACUACGCCGCAUCGAGCGCGAGAGCAGUGCCCUCAAGAGUGAGCCUGUAACGCCAGAGGCGAGCGUCCAAGGUCAACUUUCAUCGCCUGAUACCAAGGACGACGACGAACUGGAUGCCGACAUCGCCGAAGCCAUCCGUCUUUCUCUCAACGACAGCUCCGGAGCUGCCAGCUAUGAACCCGCCUCUACGCCUCCUUCUGCGUUCGAGAUUCCGAUCAAGUACGCCAAAAGCAAAAAGUCUCCGCCAUCCCGCUCCCAAAAGAGCACGCCCAGGAAGGGUAAGGCCGCUGCUGGUUCAAGUAACGAGAGCGAGAUGUCAGAUUUGGAAUUUGCUAUGCAACUGAGUCUUGCUGAAGAGCAGAGUCGAAAGGAUGCUGAGGAUGCUUUUCCACCGCUCAGUCCAGCAGCUGGCAGUAAGGGUAAGGGCAGAAUGUGGUAA